AUGCCUCCUUCUGAAUCAAUAAUACGAGCACUACCAUCUGACGUGAUUGCAAGAAUUGAAUCAUCUACAUCUAUUGUGCAUCUGACUGGUGUAAUCUUGGAGCUGGUCAAAAAUUCUUUGGAUGCCAAGGCGCGUACCGUCUCUAUCAAUGUCGACUUCAAACGCGGUGGCUGUAUAGUUGAAGAUGAUGGCGAUGGGAUUGCUCCGAGCGAGAGGGCUGGGCAAGCCUCACCGCAUGUCUCCCAGCCUCAGGAUCAUCCAGAUAUGCGCUUGCUAACAUAUGCACUAGAUACAUCCAAAUUCAACUCGACAGGCUUAUACGGACAUCGAGGUUCGUUCUUGGCCUCCCUCGCCUCAUUGUCUCUGCUCACUGUGGUGUCUCGUCAUAUUCGGCAUGAAAACACAAACUCAAUCAUAUUCCAUCAUUCGACUCCUGUGGCUCGGCUCAUCCCUGCGCCGGCACAGCAGGUCCUUCGCUCUCCCGAACAUGGCACGUCUGUCACUGUCAAUGAUCUUUUCGGAAAUAUGCCAGUUCGCGUCAAACGUCGAGCCCUGACUCUCCAGCGGUCGGAAGAUCUAGAACGAGAGUGGGAGAAUUUAAGAAACUCAUUGGUGUCUCUCUUGUUGGCCAAUCCUCAAGUCUCAAAAUUGAUCAUUGUCGAUGUGGAAAAGCACAAACGAAUAUCUAUUCGGCCUGGAUCUAGUUCCACAUUGGAAGAAUGUAUCCAAAAUCCGAGUGGAUUUGAUCUCAACCGCAUCCGAUCAAUUUUUAUGCAGUCCGGUCUAAUCCCGCGCAAAGACUUCGAGUUUUGGCAUGAAAUGUCAGCAUCAGUUCGUGGUCUUACGGUGCAAGCGGCGAUAUCUCUCCAGCCCAGUCCGACGCGGAGAUCUCAGUUCAUAUCUCUUGGAAAGGAACCGGUUAUAUCGCGUAACGCGUCCAAUGUCCUUUACAACGAAGUGAACCGACUUUUUGCUUUGUCGGAUUUUGGUAGUACUGCACGUCCUCUGUCUUGCAGAAGCUCUGAUACCAAUAUUGCAUCUUCCGCGAAUCAGCAUGCCUCGGUUACCAGGCGCGAUACCGAAAGCAACACCAGCACCCGAAGCUGGAUAAGGCCGGUCAAUAAGUGGCCAAUGUUUUACAUUCGCAUUGAUACAAAGUCUGCAAUACGACUAGAUGAUGGUGGAUCUGAGUAUCUCCCAGAAUCGGAGAAGUCAAUUCAACGGAUUGUUGAUGUGCUUGGAGCCAUGAUCGUGGAGUUUCUGAAACAGCACAGUUUACGCCCUCGUGAUGGCAAACAAAAAAGCUUGUCCUCCAACCGAAUCCAAACUACCCGUUCCAACAAGGUCUCCCUAGAAGGUGGCAGUUCUCGAGGUCCAUUAAAGCAAAGCCUUUCGGCGUCGAGCACCGACGAAACUUUUGGCAGCUAUAUCAAAAUGCCUUCGUUUCCAAAAUCCUAUUCCCUCAAUUCUGGCCACAGUUUUACCAACUGGUCCAGGACAAAAUCCGCUCAUCACUUAAAUAUGAGUCCGCCAGCCCAACGGACCCCGCAUUCUGGCCCAGCGUUUGAGAACGUCCGAAGAAAGACUUCAUUUCCCACAACGUCUGCUGAGGGACCAACUGGUUCGAACCAGAACCGGGAGGUCACAACUCUUUCCCAGCCCCUGAGACAAGGACUCUCCGGUAAAGACGGGAAGAAACCAGUGGGUCUGCCAGAUGAUUCAUCAUCAGACAAGAUGAUCACCUGGAUAGAUCCACGUACGAGGUUGGCAUACACAAUUAAUCCUCGGACAGGCCAAACGAUGAACUCCCGAAAAUCAUUAGCAACUCAACGAUCUCGCACCGACUUCGAUCAUGCCUCAUUGGAGCACCCCUCACCGGGCUUUUGGGUGGACAAUAUGUUGGAAGAAUGGGAAAAUCCUGUUUUCGGCCGAACAGAGAUACCGAUACCAGGUCUGGGUACAGAGUUUGUUGGCCAGCAUAUAGCAAACACUUCUAUGCAUGAUUGUUUCAGGGGUAUUGGAUCCCUAAAUACAGCGCAAGUUGCCAAAUAUCGGGGAAAGCUUAGACGUCACGCACUCGAAAGCGCCGAAGUGAUAGCCCAGGUCGACCAGAAGUUUAUUUUGGCUAAGGUUCAUUCAACCGCCGUUCAAUUAAAUUGGGAUGGGGCAUCAAAUCAUGUUCUGCUGUUGAUUGAUCAGCAUGCGGCGGAUGAGCGAUGUCGACUCGAACAGUUGUUUAGCGAGAUGUUUCUCUCUCCCGAGGUGAAUGAAAAUUUGAAGUCACAUUGUCGUGUGCAGACUGUCCGAGUCGAUUCUUUGAUAUUUCAAGUUUCAUCAACGGAGGGUGGUCUGUUUCAAAAACACCAGGAAUUCUUUUCCGUCUGGGGCAUUGGAUAUGGGAACAACAUCACAACUAAUUCUACUGCCACGAUUACUGUCCAUACUCUUCCUCUGCUUAUAGCUGAACGCUGUCGGCUCGAGCCUCACGUGUUACUUGACUUGAUGCGGCGUGAGAUCUGGUCCAGUGAGGAAGAAGGCAGAGCGCCCUUCCAGGCAAAGAAGGCAUUUGAGACCGGGGAUAACAACUGGGGCCUUGACCUAUCAGACAAUGAAGAUUCAGUGCCUCAAGAAACCACAAGAACACCAGCUUCACGAGCGUGGGUUCAGCAAAUGAAGGGAUGUCCGCAGGGCAUUUUAGAUCUCCUGAACUCCCGCGCCUGUCGUACUGCUAUUAUGUUUAAUGACUCGUUGAAUACCGAAGAGUGCCAGGCCCUUGUCUCCAGGCUAGCCAGGUGUGCGUUUCCGUUUCAGUGCGCUCAUGGACGGCCUUCAAUGGUCCCUAUUCUUGAUCUACGGUCUCUCCCUGAGACUGAUGUGACUCUGCCGCUGGAUCUGAAUGGCAGGGCAUCUACUCAUGACUAUGACGACACCAUGAAUUUGGACUUCUUGGACGCGUUCCGAAGGAAAUAUGUAACACAAAGUGAUUAG